AUGUCUGCUAAAAUCCAUACCUAUGAGGAAAUCGCUCAACAUAACUCUAGAAACGAUCUUUGGAUUGUUAUUGAAGGAAAGGUGUAUGACAUUACCAAGUUUUUAGAUGAGCAUCCCGGUGGCGAAGAGGUUUUGCUCGACGAAGGAGCCAAGGAUGCUACUGCUGCUUUCGAAGAUGUUGGUCAUACUGAUGAUGCUCGCGAUCUUCUCAUCAAGUAUUACAUUGGCGAGGUGGAUCCUAACUCUAAGCCUAUCAAGGUAGAGAGAGCUGCCGAAGCUAUUCCUGAUGCACCCAAGGGAAAUCCUCUUCGUAUCCUUCUUCCUUUGAUUUUCCUUGCUAUCUAUGUUUACUUUAACUAUCUUUGA